UGCUUCGAGACUUGAAUGUGUGCAGUCGCACAGUGCGCUUUCGAUACUCAGAUACAUACGAUCGCAACUUUAAGAUACAUUUGCGCCGCGCGUGUAUUGAAAACUAUUGAAUGGUGUUGUUGUUGUUGUGUGCGCCAAGCAUUUGAGUGUUAAUUAGCAACGACUGCUGCUUGCAUUGAUUUGACAUUUGUGUGUGAUUCAUUCGGACAGAGCCAGUGGGCUAUGCAAAGUGUCUGGGGACAGUGCGAGUGUCUGACUAUCGAGAAUAAUAAAAAUUUAUAAAUAAAUCAAGACAAUGGCCACCUCCACGCUAACGGCUACAGCGUCUCCGAGUCCAGCUGCCAUGAAGAAUCCGCAGCUGAAGCGCGUCGUCUAUUCCAAGUAUCGGGAGCUCCUGGGCUCGUACAACGAUAAGGCCAAUGCCAUCAUUGAGACGCUGCCCGCCUAUAUGGUACGAGAGGAUCACGGAUUUCAGCUGGAGCUGCCGCUGCCCCAUGCCAAUGCGAAUGCGAAUGGGCAUGACAAGAGCUCUGUGGAUACCUAUGGACAACGAGGCGGAGGCGCCGCUGGAGGCGGUGGCUUUGAGGCGCCCGCUUGUGUGCAAAACGCGAUGAUGACAAAAGACAAGAAGCCCUUCACCUAUACGCCCGGCGGCAUAGAUCUCUCGCAAAUCCGGUCGGAGCGCAUGGCCAAGCGAUUGGCGCGCAAUGCUCAAGCCGAGGGCGCCACCGGGGCCUCCCAACAGAACAGACCCUCACCGCAGUCGCCGGGCGCCGGUGGCAGUGCCGCCAGUUCUAUGGGCGCCGCAGCAAUGGGCAUGCCGUUUCAGGUGCUGCCGCCGCCGCCGCCGCCGCCGCCACCGCAGCCGCAAUCGCAGUCACAGACGGGUAAGAACGGUAACCAAGCAGCAGCAGCACCCCCACCGCCACCCCCACAACAAAGUACAUUAGCACCACCAGCGGGUCGAGGCAGUGCGCCCGGUUCGCCGGCAGCGGCACGCAAGUCCCCAACUCCGCAACGUUUCGAGCCGCCGCCGCUAGGAUUCCGGCCGGAGAUCAAAAUACCGCCGAACCCGAUGGCGGCGCUGCGCAAGGUGCCGCCGCCAGUGGAGAAGAACACAUUCUGGAAAGAUGAAUACUGCAAGGAGCGCUCCAAGAGCCCCCUGCCCGAUUCAACCCAGAACGGCAAUGGCGACUACAGCAACAGCAACAACAACAGCAACAGCCAAGAUGUCGUUGAUGCGUACAAACCAACUGGCAACAACAGCUACAACAACAGCAACGGCAACAACAGCUACAGCCCAUACGCACCAUCAAAUCAGCAGCAGCAGCAGCAGCAGCCACAAUCGCCCUCACCCAAAACACCGCCGCUGCAGCAACAGCUGCAACAGCCAACGCCACCGGCAACACCCCCACAACAACAACAACAGCAGCCGCGUCAGGAGUUCCGCAGCGUGGCCAUGCCACAGUCGCCGGCUGUUAAUGUCUAUACGCGUCAAACGGACAGUCCGCGCUCGCCUUUCGAGCUGCAGCAGCAGCAGCAGCGGGCCACAGAGAGUCCCUUCCGCUUUGCACAACAGCAACAGCAACCACAGCAGCAGCAACAGUCGCGUCCGACCACGGCAAUUUCUCCGCUGGUGCAACAACAGCAGACACAUCCAUCGCCAGCUAUUUCUCCACUGGCUCAGCCACAACAGCAGCAGCAGCAACAACAGCAGACCGUUCCCUGGCGUACACAACGCCCCCAGCCCGCUGCACAACAGCAACAACAACAACCACAGCAGCAGCAGCAGCCCAUUUACAACAAUGUGCAACAGCAGCAACAACAACAACAGCAGCAACAACGAUCUCGCGAUGUCUUCAGUCCCGCCCGAACUGAGCAACAGCAACAACAACAAUCGCCACAUCAAGGAGCUAAGCCGACCAACGUUGGCUCACUUUACAUAGCUCCACUCGCGCAGCCCACGGAGCCGCAAGCACAGCGCCUCUUGCUACAGCAGCAGCAGCAGCUGUCGGGAGCUCGUGACUCGCCCAUGCGUCAAGUGCCACAACAGCAGCAGCAGGCACAGCAACAGGUGGGCGGCCAGCCACUGCGCUGGCUCAGCUCACAGCCCGCGGCAAAGGAGCAGGCGCCCUGGGCACGCUCCGGGGAGAAUGGCAACGUGGUGCCCUCCACUCUGCGACAGGCGGCAGCGCCGUCGGCAGCUACGCAAGCACAGCCUGCAACGCUCUAUCAGCCUCAGAUGGGGCAGAGCAAUGGCCAUGGAGCAGCUUCCUCUCCCGGCCCGGCUGCACAGCAGAACUUUGGCUCAACAGCUCAGCCCAGUGGACUACGCUUGCAGAUCAACGCCAAUGCCAACGGCAACAAUGUAAACCAGAGUGGACCCAAGGAGCGCAUAAUACCCAUUACACUGGAACAAACACCAACUUAUGCCGCUGCGCAGCCCAACUUCGGUGCGCCUGCUGGCCACAUAAUACGCUCAGCUAAUCAAUUUGUCGAUCAAGGUUACAACAAUUAUCCAGCUUCAGGAGCGUCUGCGCAGGUGCAACGCGUCAUAUCACCCACCCACCAGCAGCAGCAUCUGCAGCAGCAGCAGCAUCAGCAUCAGCAACAACAAUUUGUUAGUUCUAAUAACAUCAGCAAUAAUUCGACUCGCAUUAUACCCAUUGCGAUUGAGGGGGGACGAGGAGGUCCGGUCUCCCAGUCACCAGUCGUGCUACAAAACGAUCCACGCUCACCGCCCAUACAAUCGAAAUCGUUUAGAAUAUUGCAAAAGAUAACCGACACAGUGGACGAUGUCAGCAGCGAUCCCAGGCAAGAGGCGCCCCACCAGCAGCCUCAUUUGGAGGUGGAGCUGCCGCAACUGCAGCGGCCGCAGUUCGCUCGCCAGAUGAGCGCUCAGCAGGCGCGGAAUAGUCCGACCAUUGAGCAAAUGCGGCGGCUGCAAAUCGCCCAGGAUCAGCAGUCGGGUACGCCAACAGCCUGGUGCCCGCAAGGUAACGGCGCGUCUGCUCAGAACCGCUUCACACCUCAGCGUUCUGCAUACGAUUCGGGCCAACAGCAAUACGUGCCACCUAGCGAGCAGCAGGCGCCGGAACCGAAGAAGUACACCGGCAGCGCAAUACCGAGUCGAUCAUUUAAAAUUUUACAGGCAAUGACAACACCAGAGAAUGCCGAACAUAAAAUUCACACCGAGCUGGACUCGGAUUUGGAAAAUAUUGAAUUGAACGAAGCCAAAAAUAAUAAUAAUAAUAAUAAUAAUAAUAAUACUCAUAAUAAUAUUAAUCAUAAUAAUGGGAAUAAUGAUAAUAUCAGAAUGAGUAACCAUAACCGAGAAAUUAACAGUAAAAUCAAUAAACGUCAUAGUUAUCAGUCAUCAGCCACGCCCACUCCACCGCCCAUUACAGACACGAAUACAAGCACUUCUCACGGCAUAUACUCAUCUUCAUCUUCUCUUAGUUCAGACAGCUCCUGUGCCCCACAGAUGCACACAGAGCGCUCGCAAUCGGUGCCCCCGCACUAUCCCUAUGCUUAUGGUUACCCCUUCCCCUGGUACAUGCCGCCACCCACUCAUUCCGUUCCUGGGCAGAACAGUGGCGAGCCGCCUCAAGUCGUAAAUUGGCCCUAUCCUUACCCUUACCCGCCACCCAUGCCUCUCACGGUGGACGGCAAGCAGCCGGAAGCCCAUCCACCCUAUCCAUAUUACUACCCCUAUUAUCUACCCCCUCCACCGGCCUAUGGGCAGCCAGCCACGUCCAACGAAACUCUGCAGCACGGCUACCACCCUCAGUUUGUGCCAGCCUAUGGUCCUUAUCCGUAUCCGGUAGCACCGAGCCUUAGCCAAAGCUCUGCGGAAAGUCGCGCCAGCAGCGUAUUGCCCGAUAUUAUUAUAACGCCCAGCACCGACGAUAUGCCCUCGAAGGUCAUAAUGCAGCACCACAUCAAGGUGGAGCCACGUGAGCCGCCCAAGCGUGCGCACUCUGUUGAAAUUGAGGAAUUGGUUAGUCGGUCGAAGACGCGCAAUAUCUGCAGCAACAAGGAGGAGGUAAUUGAUAUGCUCAGCCAGCGUCUGGCCAACAUAAACAAAAUCGCCGGGGGCAAUACCCAAGCCAAUUUAUCGAAUCAGCUCCAAAAGAGCUAUGCCGGUGAGCAUCUGAAGGAGCUGGGAGCACGCUCACCCAGCGAGAAUGCCUCCCCAGUGCUGAUCACUGCCAUGCUAGACGAUAAUGAUGAUAGUGACUCUGAGGAGAGCAGCGACGAGGAUGAAGAGGACACAGAUACACCCAAGCAUGCAGGUCGCAACUCGCCAUCUCCGCUGCAGGCCAUCAAGUCGGUGACCAAUGUGCAGAUCUACAAAGGUUUGGGCAAAAUGCCAGUGGAAACUCUGCAGUCCGAGAGUGAGGACGAUGAUGUGACGACAGCUGACGAAAUGCUCGAUGAGGAAGAGCAGGAGUGCCUGAUCGAGGAACUGGACGAUGACUAUGUUGUUGAGGAGGAUCUAAGCACCAUUUAUGAGGAGGAGAGCGAGCUGGAACGCAGCAGCAACUACGCCAAGACGGUUAUUAACCAAAAUGGAUCCAGUGCCAGCAACGCUACCAUAGGGGCUCGCCAAGUAGAAGAAGAAGACGACCUGGAAGAGCAAAUAGAGGACAAUGAUCGGGAUGACGAUGACGAGGACGACGAGUCCAAUUCGGUGACUGUGCGUCUGCCGUUGCGCUUCUCCUUUAGUCGCAGCUCGAAUGACGAGAACAUAGCCACCGUGGAGGUGGGCAGCAGCACACAGAUUGAGGAAAGACGCCAGAGUAUUAGCUUGGACGGCAAACGGAAUUCAUUCAGCGUAGCCAAGAUAGAGAGUGACAAUGAGGAGGAUAACGAUUGUGAGGUCAGCGUUACCAUCAGCUUGUCAAACUCCUCCCGUUCCAAUUCCGUAGAGAAGUCCUCGAUGCUCCCAAGUGCCAUUAAGGCUAGCAGUGAAGAUGUGUCCACCUCCAUCUCGCUGGGCAUGCGCAACAAGUUCUUGGCGGACACCCAACACGGCGAAAUAACAAAUAAUAUUGCGAUAUUGAAACCGACAAAAGAAGUUGAGGUCACCUCGGAAGCACCCAAAGAGGAAUUUGAUUUCUUUGCCACGCUUUUGGCUACCAAAAUGCAGGCACAGAAAAUGAUGGAACAGUCCAAGAGCUAUUGGAAAACGACAGAGGCCAAGCCAGAAGAACAGCCCAAGGAGCCUGCGCCAAGUGAAACUGUGAAGCUGCGAGUUAAGCCAAACGAGGAACAGGCCAAAAGGCCAAGACCAAAAUCGUGUGACAUAUCCAAGACUCGGGACUCUUUGGAGGCGGCCAAGAACAGCUUUUGGUCCACAUUUGCAACGGCAGCCAAAGAACCUGAACCUCAAUUGGAGGAACAAACUGACUUCUGGGCAAGCGUCGAAAACAGCAAAGAGCAAAGUCAAUGUACAAAAAAACAGAAAACGGUUACGUAUAUCCCACUGCAAAAGGAGACGGUGGCCGAAGUGGAACAUUGGACGACUACCCUAAAAGCCCAAGUGAAAUACAUGCCCCAAUCGCAGUGUGCUGAAGUUCAUUUCGAGGUAGAAGAAAAUCCAGAAGUUGAAGACGAGGUGGACUUUUGGGCUUCAGUAGAGAAAGCCAAAACCGAGCAGACUGAAAAGCAGCCCGAGCUGGAGUUUUGGUCAGAUCAGUCAGCGGACACUCGUGAUGAAAGCCCGAAUAUAAAUAUAACAGAGCCGAUUGUUGAGGAAGAGGACGUCGAUUUCUGGGCCGACAUAAAAUCUUCUGAAGGUAGCUAUGACAACAGGCAAAACGACUUUCAGUUCGAUCCAACCAAAUAUCCGGAGGAACCACGCGAGGUUGAUACCGAUGAAGAAAUUGAUUUUUGGACAGAAAUCGAAGCGAAUCGCAAGCCGGAUGACGACGAUGUGACUUUCCACAAAUCCGCCACCUUUUGGGCUCGCAAAGAGCGCCAAAACUCAGUAGAAGAAACGCCCUACAAGCCCGUGGAGACCAAAGCAUUUCGGGCCAAGCUGCCCGACGAGCCAGCUGUGGAAAUAGAUGUGUGGGCCACUUUGGAGGGAGCUCGCGGCGAAGAGCCAGAGAUUGUUGAUCCAGUUUUAGAGGAGGAGCAAAUGCUAGCUGAGCAAUACGAAGAGAUUGAGCAUGAAGAAGACGAGAAGUCCCAAAAUCUGACGCAAUCAACGCCUCAGACUCCGGAGACCGAUCUCGACGCAGUUGAGACUAUGUCGCUGGCCUCCAUGCAUGAGCCAGCAACUGUGCAUACCUGGACGCCUUCCACACAUACAAACGUGGACCUGGAGGACGGCGAUGAGCCUGAUUUUUGGGCUGAUAUAGAACAGGAGCGUGGCAAGACAGACCAGGUAGAGGAAGCCGAGCAGAAACGUCAGAACUAUCGCCAGGCCAUGGCGUUCUUCAGUACCUCCAUCGAUGAGCACAAGGUACAGCAAAAAGUGCAACACAAUCGGAGCAGCGUCAUCCUCGAAUCAGCGGAGCCAACGGAUUUGGAUCUGGGCUCACCAGGUGAAUAUGAAAUUGUGGGCGAAGAUGGCGUCGUUGUGGAACAACAUGGAUUGCAAACGGUCAGUGCAGAAGACGAGGAUCGAGAAGCGACGACACCGACCAACCAGCUACCAGAAGUUUACGUGGAACCAGAACCGGAGCAGCAAAGAAAGCUCCUAGCUAACGGUCUGCCCGAUCUCGGUGUGUCGGAAGCACCCAAAAUUUCGGUGCGCGAGCGCAUUAAUGUAUUUGAGACGACUCCAGCAACAACGGGCGACGCAACCCCUCUAAACAAGGCUAUGACUAUUCAUUCGUUGUCCGUAGACAGCGGCCGUGGCAAGGGACAGCUGUCGCGCAAUAGCAGCACACAGCGGUCCGAGUCAGAAAUCGAGGAGGAUGACUCAGGCGUGACAGAUAUGAAUCGGCAGAUGUCAGAGACGGACACCGAGUCCGAAAGUUUUCCGGAGCUGCGCAAGAUGACGAGCUACCAGCGCGCCGCCACACAUUCCAGACUCUUUAAACUCCUGCAGGACGAGAACGAUCUGCCCGAAGCGGCAGAAGCUGGGCAGGCGGACGAGUUCCAGCUAAAGCCCAGCAGACGCAAGAUUGUGCACAAUGUAUCCAUUACACGUCGCCAAAAUCCUAAAGCCCUCAGCGAGGCGGAGACGAUGACACAACGACGCGAACGUCUCUCGCUGCCGCUGCGCAAGAACACCAGCAUCGAUGCGGACAAUCCCUCAACGCCGAACAGUCCCGCCUCGCCCAUCGUUGGGCCAUCCCCCAGCAAGCAGCGUGUGGUCAGCGAUAAGCUGGUUAACGAGCUGGUACAGAGCCUCCUGCUGAAGAGCGACAGCACGCAUCUGCGUAACCUGCCGAUGGAACGGCUCCAGGCCGCGGCCAAGCGCGCCCUGGUCGAGGAAAUGGAUUCCGUGGACACUAGUUCGCUGGACAGCACGCCUGCGCCUACGCCCAAACAGGAUAAGGAAUACGCUGACUAUUAUAGCAGCUGGACCGAGGCCAGCGGCGGUGAAGAGAUUGUGCCCUCGAAGGCCUUUCGAGCGCUACAGGAUCCGCGACGCAGUCCCUGGACGGUGCGCUGUCCCCGCGUCCUCAGUUCCAAGACAAUCAAUCGCGACCUGGCCCGUGUCACAGAGUCACCCGAAAUUCUGACCAAUCGCAGCAGCAAAAGUCCCGAAUGCUUUAGGCAACAGUCCGGGAACAGGGAACACUCCGUUGGCAGCUGGCGCAAGGUCUGAGCUAGCCUCAUUGUGUAUAACUAGGGGCGGGGGGAAUCUCACGUACACACCUUGAUAUUUGCAUUUGGGUCAAGCAACUCUGAGCGGGGGGUGGGAGGGGGGUCAGAGAGCCAGAGAGCCAGUUCUUGCAUUUCUCAUCCAAUCACAGCACAUCACAUUGUACAAUAUGAAAACACUCAGACUAAUAAUAAAAACUAAAUAUCUAAUGUAUAAUGUAUAAUGUAUAUAAACAGAGUUAAACCAAAGAAAAUCGUUCAUUCGUUCGUUCGCUCGUUCGUUUGUUAUCUCAAUAAAAGCGCAAAGUCCUCGCACAGUCAUUUCUAAAUUCGACUACAUACUUAUAUACAUACUUUUGUAUUUUUAAAUCGAUUCAAAAAAUAACUACAAAACCAAAAAAAAAUUAGAACAAAACAAACAAAAGCAACUCAAAAUCUAUCAAAUCGCCACAAUAUAAAAACGAAAAACCAAAACAAAACAAUUUCAUCAACUCAAUGAUUUUGUAAAACUCGUUCAAAAUCCUAAGGCCCUGGACAAUCGGAUCUAUAAUUAUUUCUCAAAGCCAUAGAAAUCAAUUAUAGCCUGACAACAGACUUUGUCCUUAGUUUAAGUACCAGCACACUUAGGAUCAACACAGUCAGAUACCUUGGGAACGGGCCAUGCAGUAAUAGUUUUUUAGUGAAAUUUCAUACAACUAACGUAGCAUAGUAGUUGAGACGGAAAUGUAUUUCUUUAAUUGUUAAUCGCGAUUUGGUAGCAGCACUAAAACCUCUAACAAAACUUACGAACACCACUAGCGAAGCGAAUCAUUACUAACCCUGACUCUUUAAGAUGUAAAAUGUUUACACGAGAGAGAAUUAACCCUUUGACGCAAUGAGGUAACAACGAAACGAAAACAACGCAAUGACAGCAAAUCGACCAAUCAAACAUAAUAUUUAUCCGGAUAAUGCGAGAGUGCAUCUUAAAAA